AUGAUUGAGGAACUAAAAGCUUUUUUUCAUGAGUUCUUAGAGAAAUCAUUUAAAGAACUUAAUAUUAGAAUAGAUAAUUUAGAAAAAUAAAUAGCUCAUAAUAAAAAGGAAUAAUAAAGCUUGAAUCAAAAAUCAGAUUCUAUUCAUGAAAAUUUCACAAAUUUAAAAUAUUAAUUCUAAUCUUUACUUGAAGAAUUGAAUUCCGCUUAAACUUAAGCAAAUCAAAUAAUUGAUAAAAUAUCUUCUCAAAAACAUUUUAAUACUCUUCUCUUUCAAAAUCCACUCAAUAACUUUAAUUGGGAAUCAAAUAUGAACUACCAAGAGAAAACAGAAGAUUUAAAUAAUAUUCAUUAGAAUUAUCCAUAAGGACAUAAAUAACAGCCAAUAAAUCCGAAAAAGGUUGUUUAAAAUGGAGAUAUUAUAGUUUAUAAAACAAUUACAGGAAAAAAGUAUCAUCAAGCAGGAUGUGAAUUUUUAGCUUGUUCAAAAAUACCUACAACAAUAAGGGAAGCAAUGAAAAUCGGGAUGGCUCAAUGUAAAAUAUGCUUAGGAUGAAUUAUGAGAAUG